AUGAAAAUUGUAAAAUGGACUCUUGACUUUGAUCCAAGUAAAGGACCACCUGUGGUUCCUAUUUGGUAUACGUUUCCUGGGCUUCCACUUCCUUUCUUCAAGCUGAAUGCCUUGUUUAACAUAAGGAGAGCUCUGGGAACAGAGCUCUGGGAAGCUCUAGGUACACCUUUGAAAGUGGAUGCACCUACUUAUAACAAAGCCAGGCCAGCACUGAACAUUGUAUCUGAACAAAAACCAUACUAUUGCCAACAUUGUAGAAUGUUUGGCCAUACAGUGGAAAAAUGCUCUAGAUUACAUCGACCAAUCAAAAGAAAUGCUGGUAAGGAUCAUAAAGAAACAAGAAACACCCUACUGCAAGCCAUAGAAAACUUUGCUGAAGAAUCACAUCUGCAUAACAGGAAGGAUCACACUCAAAGAAUUGAGGAAAUACCUUCAAUCAUUAAAGUACACUCUUCAUCUGAGGAUCCUUUAGAUAAGCCAUCAGAAGGCUCCCCUACAAAAUGUAACACAGUGACUUCUCCAAUAAAUAUAGAUAGAAAGGAAAUCCAAGAAAUUACUAUAAUCACUCCCUCACCUUCCCCUCAUGAGGAAGGAAAGACAGACAUGCAUGACAAGACACCUGAAGAUCAUGUUAUUCCUGGUAUUAAACAGGCAAUAGAAGAUGAUUGGCAGGUACAAACAGCUAGAAGGAAAAGAAAACAAGUAAAUGAAGUACAAAAACUACAGCAUGGAAGAUCAAAACAAGUUGAGAGUAAAGCAAGUAUUAAGAUUGGUUCUCCCCACCAUCAUAAAGGUUGUACUAAGGAAGACAGAAAGGAGUUGUGGAGUUGCUUGUUGAAUAUCAGUCAGCUAAUGGAUUCCCUCUGGAUUGUGGGGGGAGAUUUUAACUGCAUUGCCUCUCCUGCUAAAAAAAUUGGGGGUAGAGCUCCUAACCUUACUAAAAUGAAUACUUUCACUAAUAAUAUUCACAGGGCUGGGCUGUUUGAUUUGGGCUUUAAAGGUCCUGCUUUUACUUGGAAGAGGGGCCUUGUUGGUUCUAACCACAGACCUAUCCUUAUCAGCAUCACCUCCUCAGAUAACAUGCCUUCCCCUUCCCCAUUUAGAUAUCUGAACAUGUGGUCUUCUCAUCCUUCUUACAACUCUUACAUUGCCAACCUUUGGAAUGGGAUUUCACACACUGACCCUCUUAUCAAUCUCAGAUUAUUACAUAUCAAAAAUGCUAAAGUUCUGAGGAGUUUGAUUUGGGGUACUUUUGGGAAUGUCCUCACCAAUGUGCAGGAGCUUGAGGAGGAAGUAUUGAGAUUAGAGCAACUUGAACAGGAGGGCUUAGUUGAGGAAAAAGAACUGUUAACUGCUCAAAAUAAACUUCUUACUCCUAUUGAUUACCAAGACCAAUAUCUGAAGCAAAAAGCUGCUAUGAAUAUAUUCAAGGAGGGGGAUAGAAAUACCAAAUUCUACCAUGCUUACAUAAAGUACAAUAGGAAAUGUAAUACUAUUCAUGCUAUUGAGACUGUUGAGGGGAAUUGGCUUCAUGAGAAUGCUGAAAUAGCUAAUGAUGCUGUAAGCUAUUUCAAAAAUCUAUUGAAUCAAGAGAACAAUCCCAGAAGCCCUAUUGAUCCAGAUUAUUUUAAUGCUGAGAAGUAUUACACUGCUAAUUUAAAACUUGCUGACAUCCUUGAUGAAGAGGAGAUAUGGAAGGCUAUUAUUUCUAUUGAUAGUAGCAAAGCAGCUGGUCUUGAUGGUUUCACAGCUGAGUUUUACAAGAAAUCUUGGGACAUUAUUAAACCUGAGGUGAUUGCUUUUGUUGCCAGUUUUUUCCAAGGAAAUAAUCUCCCACAGUACUUCAGUGCUUCUACUUUUGUGCUGAUCCCCAAAUCUGAGCUACAAACCACCUGGAAUCACUUCAGACCUAUUUGUCUAUCCACUGUAAUCAGCAAAGUGAUCAGCAAAAUCACUAUCAAUAGACUCCAACCUCAUCUUGAACACAUCAUUAAACCCAAUCAGACAGUAUUUUUGAAGGGGAGAUCUAUUAUUGACAACACUCUCUUGGCACAGAAGCUUCUGAAUGAUCUGAAUAAGACCUGUAGAGGUGGUAAUUUGAUAUACAAAUUAGAUUUGAAAAAGGCCUAUGAUACUAUCAGUUGGGGAUCCAUUAUGUAUGUUCUUACUGCUAGAGGCUUCAAAUCAGACUUCUGCCAGCUAAUUCUUAGACGGAUUCACAAUAAUAAUCAUUAUAUUCUCAUAAAUGGCAAAGGCUGGGGGUCUUUCACUGCUUCCAGAGGUUUGAAGCAAGGGGACCCCUUAUCCCCCACUAUAUUUAUUAUUGCAAUUGACUAUUUAUCUAGAAUACUGGAUAAUUCUCUUCUAAGCCAAAACUAUACUAUCUAUCAUCAUAGAUCCAACUUUGCCGUCACCCACUUGAUCUAUGCUGAUGAUGUCAUGGUCUUCUCUAGAGCUCAUAAAAAUGCUCUGAGGAAAGUGUAUCAGACUCUUCAAAAGUUCCAAACACACUCUGGUAUGUGCUUCAGUCCAGAGAAGUGCCUGUUGAUUUUUAAUAAACAUGCAAAUCCAAAUUGCAAACAAUGGGCUUCUAGUUAUACUGGCUUCUCAAACUCCCAGCUUCCUGUCAAGUUUCUCUGGAAACCUCCUGGUUACUACACAGUCAAGGUAAAUACUGAUGAAAGCUUCAAUAAAUUAGGAGCAGGUUUUGGGGGUGUCUACAGAAAUCACUUAGGGAAAUGCUUAUUAUACUUCCACAUCCCCAUUGUGGCUACUGAUGCUGUUGAAACUGAAUUAGUGGCUGUCUAUUGGGCUUUAAAAAUUGCCAAAAUGUCUAGCUGGUACAACUUAUGGUUAAAAGUGGAUUCUACUGCUGUAAUCAAGAUACUGAAGGAUGAGGAGCUUUCACCCUGGCACCUUGCUUUUUGGACCAAAAAGAUGAGAGAAAUUUCUUCACAGUUAAAAGUGCAAUAUACUUUUAUCUACAUAGAGGGAAACCAGCCUGCAAAUUGGCUAGUGUAG